AUGUUCUCUUAUUCAGGGCUUGCUUGUAGAAUUUGUCAUGAAGAUGGAAUAAAAGAAGAAUUGAUCUCGCCUUGUGCCUGUGCCGGUAGUGUUGGUUUAGCUCAUGCAAAAUGCAUUGAGCAAUGGUUAUCAUCAUCAAACACUACAAACUGUGAAAUUUGUAAAUAUCAGUACAAUAUAUCAAUAAAAUCUAAAUCCUUUUUACAGUGGUUAAAAAAUAAAAAUCCCCUCAAUGGACCCUCAGGUUUUUACGGUGACGUUUUUUGUUUCGUUCUUCUAACACCUCUUUGCAUCGGAUCAGUAUACCUGUGCGCCGUAGGUGCUCAUGCAUACAUAAAACAUGGCCUUUGGGAAGGUACUGGUUUGGCCAUGUUGUGUUGUUUUCUUACCGCCGUUUAUAUCUUAUGGUGUUUCGUAGCAUUCAGAUUUCAUUGGAAACGUUUUCGAAGUUGGCAAGCUACAAAUAAAACGGUUCGAUUAUUACCUAAACAUGCAUCUGCAUAA